AUGGGUGCUGAUCCUGAGGCUCCUGGGCCAACUGAGACUAUCACCGUACACCCAGGAGGCGCAUUGAAUGCACGGUUUUUUAUACCAGGUUUAGAACACCAUAGUCCAGCUCCAGCCAGCCAGCCUCCAACAUCACAUGGUACACCUCCAACACCUCCGCCGCCUGUAACAUCUGUGCCCCAGCAAUCCGCUCGCCGAUGUAGGCGUCAGCCUGAUCCUGAUGACGACAACCCAUUUACAUCCACCCCUGAGUGUAGUUCCAGACACGCUCAACCUCUGCGUAAUGUGCAGUUCUCUGGUGGCGAAACUUUCAACAUCGAAGACUUGUCUGAGCCAUCAACCCCAGCCACGCCUAUGCCUGUUUUGUGGCCAUGCACAGAAGAAGUCAACGUCAUUCAGCCGCUCAACAACGUCUACAAGCAAUUGGUGGCACCACCUUCUUAUGAAGCACCUGGGACUCUGGCGGACAAAGCUGAGGGUCCUGUCGCCGCAUACCGGGAGUCAAAGGGACAGGACCCGAAACAGAAUUCAAGCUUGCCUAGUGGGUUUGAUGAGGUGCCAGGCUUCUCUUUAGAAGCAUUCAUUGAUGCGUUGGUUGCUUUUAUUGUUAGCAAUGACCAGUCUUUCAAUGUUGUUGAGUCUCUGGAGCUCCGCUGGAUAUUCUUGAUGCUUCGUGAGGAGCUUACCGACGAUGAUAUUCCCCGCCGAACACAGAUUUGGAAGCGAGUUAUGGAAAUAUGGGAGGAUCAUUUAAAGCAGCUUUCCAAGGAAAUGCAGGUGUGUACAAUAUUGAAGGUUUUGGAAGCCUCUUAG